AUGACCGAUAUCAUUGAAACAGCAGAUUCAGAAAAACGGAGAAAGGCGAAAACAGUCCUCGGAAUCGGCCUUCCUGCUGGCACUGACUACCCGAAUCUCUCAGAAAUCCCAGCAGAGCCUUGUACAGAAAUUCACUGGCGAAAAGAGGUGGCAAAUGCGUUUGAGGUGGCAAAUAACGGAUAUAGCUUUCAUAAAAUCGCAAAUUCCGUUUUUGCCAAGGAUUUGUCGGGGUAUUGGUAUAAAUUGAACAACGAGUCGAGAUGUUUCGAGUUUCUCUUCGAUGGAUUCAAGGAUACUACUGAUUACACCCGCAUCAGCAUCCCACCACAAGCCCCAUCGUUCGUUGGAUUCAACUAUCUUCAUCAGGCGAUUUUUCCGAUGAACGAUGAAGGACGACCGAUUCUUCCUAAAGAUGAUAAAGGGAAAACGAUUUUUCCAUUCUACGAAGGCUAUCCUCUAUUCCCGGUCGACGAUUCUGGAGCGAUUUGUGUCCCAUUAGGAGACGACGGGAAACCGGUAUUUCCGCGAAUUUAUGAGGAGUAUGGAGCGUAUGUCCCAUGUGAUGUCACCGGUCGUGUAGUGCUGCCGUUGGAUGAGCAAGGGGCGCCGAUUUAUCCUAGGGAUGAGGAAGGCAACGUUCUGAUGCCAUUUGUGAUGUCAGAGGAUGGAUCGAGGAAACGGGCGGUUUAUACAGGAGAUGAUGGCACUCCAAUCCUUCCAUUCCACAACGGGGAACAUGCUCUAGAAGUUCACGAAGGCGAAGUGCUCUUCCAGUACGAAUACCAGCAAAAAAUGAUGCUCCUGGCCCAAUACCCAAAUCAACCCCGCCAAUCUACCCAACUGAUGGAUGAGCAAUUCUAUCAGCAACACGCAAUGCAGCACUAUCAAAAUCAGAUGAAUCUAGACUCUCCAGCAAGUCAAAAUGGAGAAACUUCUGGAAAUGCAGCUAAAAAUUCGAAGAGUCCCGCUGCGAAUCUUCUCUUAAAACAGCUUAGUUUUAUGAAGAAGAAACAGGAGUCUCCAGUGCCAAAAGCGGCUCCAGAGCCUGUGAUUCCAGUUAAAAGACCGGCGAAACCGAAUAAGGAGAAGGAGAGAGGCGAGAGAUACAUUCCAGAACCUUCUAGACGGAACAGAUCCGAUCGUCGUGAUCGCUCUCCAAAACGCUCUCUAGAUAGAAGGGGAAAUCGAGAGGAGCCUUCUAGAAAUAACAGAAGACGUUCACGCUCCAGAAGUCUUACUUGGUCCCCGGAGAAUCAGAGGAAUUCCUCUUCUAGAAAAAAUUAUGAAGACGUGGAUAGGCGGAAAGCUGGGAGAUCGGAAAAGAGGAGAAGGGAAAGAUCUGACUCCUCUUCGGAUUCCGACUUCGAACGCCAUGAGCGACGUCAACGAAAGAAGGAAUAUCAUCAUCACAAAUCGCGGCAAUGA